AUGCGAGGUGAAUGGAAUGGGUUACAAGCUUUGAUUUUGAAUGAUUGUCCAUAUGCUUACUAUGUUCAUUGUUUAGCACAUCGAUUACAAUUGGCAUUAAUUGCAUCAUCAAGAGAAGUUAUUCAUGUUCACCACUUUUUCACUAAAUUGACUUCUAUUGUCAAUAUUGUUGGUACUUCAUGCAAGCGUAAUGAUGAACUGAAAAAUGCUCAAGCUGCUGAAAUUGAGCACAUGAUUGCAAUUGAUGAGCUCGAGACUGGGAAAGGAAUGAACCAAAUUGGCACCUUACAACGUGCUGGUGAUACUCGUUGGGGUACUCAUUUGAAAUCAAUUACUAGCUUGGUAAAUAUGUUUAGUGCAACAUGCAUAGUUCUAAUUAAUAUAAUUGAUAACGGAACUACUUAUUCUCAACGAGGAGAUGCUAAUGCAGCUUAUGAGGCAAUGACUUCAUAUGAAUUUAUCUUUAUCUUACAUCUUAUGAAAGAACUUAUGGAGAUCACUAAUGAUCUUUGUCAAGCUUUGCAAUGUCAAUCUCAAGACAUCAUAAAUGCCAUGAAUCUUGUUACUUCCACUAAAGCACUGAUCCAAGAAUUAAGAGAUGAUGGAUGGGAUUUUUUGCUUACCAAGGUGCAUUAUUAUAUGAUAGAUAUUUUUUAUGCUACAAUAGAUUCUCAACUUCAAGAAUUAAAUAGCAGAUUUAGUGAUCAAACAACAGAGCUGCUUAUUAUGGGGUCGGCUUUGGAUCCUCGUGAAGUGAAUAAAUCUUUUAGGAUUGAUGAUAUUUGUCAAUUGGUAGAUAAGUUCUAUCCACAAGACUUUGAAGAUCAUGAGAAGAUAGCUAGAAGAUCAACGACAUAUCCACUUGUUUAUAGAGUGGUUAUGCUUGUGCUUACUCUUCCUGUUUCUACAGCAACUGCAAAGCGAUCAUUUUCUGCUAUGCGUAUAGUAAAAACUAGGCUCCGUAACAAGAUGGAAGACGAAUUCUCACAGACUCUUUGA